AUGCGGAACAUUUCAAGCAAGUACGUCUUUAUGAUAACUGUCUUAUGGGAAGUGGAUGCUGUUUAUGCAAGGAAUGGUGUGAAAUGUGGGGGUGUUCUUUCUGCUCCAGAAGGUAACCUGUCCACGCCCAAUUUCCCAGGACUGUAUCCUCCCUACACUGAGUGCUGCUGGCUCAUUGUUGUUUCUGAGGGAUCAACUGUACAGCUUCAGUUCCACCACUUUAACCUAGAAUACCACGAGGAGUGUGAAUAUGACUAUGUCAAAAUCUAUAAUGGAGCAUCAAAGGAUGAAGGAAACCUCCUGGGGAAGUUCUGUGGAACCAGUUUACCACCACAGCUCACAUCCUCCUGGCAUGUUCUGGCUGUACAUUUUCAUUCAGACAAACAUGUUGGCAGCUCUGGGUUCUAUGCCACCUAUAGGAAAGAUAUUUGUGGAGGAAUUCUUACUGGCCUCUCUGGAGUCAUUACAAGCCCAGAUUAUCCAGACAAUUAUCCCAACAAUGCAGAAUGCAACUGGUUUAUACGGGCAGCACCGGGCUCUACGGUAUAUCUGACCUUCACAGACUUUCAGAUGGAAAAUGAGGGGUGUAACUUUGAUUAUGUUGCAGUCUUUGAUGGCUCAGGGGCAGAGGACAACCAGGUUCGUUAUUUCUGUGGUACAACAAAGCCCCCAGAUAUAAAAUCCUCUCUCAAUGAGCUACUGGUGGUCUUCAAAUCAGACUUUAACAUUGGAGGACGGGGCUUCAAGGCUUAUUAUUACUCAGGUGAAUGUCAGGAUACAUUUACAUCUGUUAAGGGAAACAUCACCAGUCCCCGUUACCCAGACUUGUAUCCCAAUAAUAUUAACUGUCACUGGAACAUUCAUCUUCCCGCUGGCUUUCGAAUAAAGAUUUUCUUCCGCGAUCUUGACUUAGAGGAGAGAAGCAGCUUAACUAGUGGAUGUGAUUAUGAUCACCUGUCAGUGUAUGAUGGAGAAGGAGAGCAUAGUCCACUGCUGGGGAGGUGGUGUGGAAGAGAGAUUCCCCCCUCACUGAUGUCAAGCAAGAAUAAACUGCUGCUGGUACUUUCCACCGACAGAGACACAGCCAGCAAAGGCUUCUUAGCAUCAUACAUAGGGGUUGUUCCAAUUAAUGUGAGCUGUACUCGCACAGACUUCCAUAUUCAGAUCCCAAGUCAAUCUCUACCCCAGCUAGAAAGGAAUCACAUUUACCUUGGAAUGCCAAGCUGUGCCUCUCAGAUUUCUGGCACAAAUUACAAGAUCUAUGCUCGUUUUGAUACGUGUGGGACAGAACCACAGAAAAGGAACAACACCUCUGUCAUUGUGAGUGUGCUGUAUGUGGACUUCUCACGGGGAGCUCAAGAGGAUGUUCAUGAAUAUGAGAUACAGUGUGAACCCAAAAAGAAGGAGGCCUCUGUUCACAUUCUGUCCGGAGCAGACCCUUCCCAAAUGAACGGGCUGGCACAGAAUGUACCAGAUUCUCAACCAUCAGAGGCAGAGGCAGCAGAGAGUACAGAUAGAGGACAAGAUGGCAGUGACAUGGUGUUCAUUAGUAUUUGUAUCCUAGCUGGAGUUUUAAUGCUUAUAGCUGUUGUAGGACUGGUGUUACUCUAAUUUAGAUUAUAUGAAUAAGAAGGUAUGAUUUAUAGCAGAGAGGAAUAAGUACUUUGCCAGUGAACUCUUUUAAAGAAAAACUAAAGAGAAAGAGGUUAUAUGGGCCAGUCACAGGUUUGUGUAUGAAUGGUGACUAGUAUUAUGAUGUUUGUUCACUUUUUGUCUAUUUAUAUGAAUGGCAAAAGUCUACAUGAAAUGUUACUUUGUACAAAACAAUGCAAGCAAUGGAAAAUUAUAUUUACAAAAGGUGUUGUUUAAUGAAGUGUAUCAAAUAUAUAUCAAAUAAGAGCCCAAGGAGGAACAGCAUAAAGCAAACAACUGGCAACAAGGGGCCCACCCAAAGUCAUUUGUACAAUUUGUUACAACAUUUAGGGGAGCAGGGCCAUUGUCUUUCUACUGUGGGGAAAUCCCCAGUUAAGUGUAGUCCUAGCUGGUGGGGUGGGUCUGUGUAUAUAAAUAUAUAUAAAUAUAUAUGGAAGGGGAAGGCAUCUACCAACUAGGACAUGCAUGGCUUGUGGGAGAUAGGAAUUCCAUAUUUUCCUAGUGGUGUCAAGUGGUUUCUGUCUAUAAAAUGUAUAAA